AUAUCACGACUUAUCGUUGCCUAUCGGUUUCCCUCCAAUUUUAGGUCCGCCGGUGGGUUCCCGGGGCUUGGAAAUCACAUUGUAUGGUCUGGGACACUGUGAUUGGCCUUCGCAUUGGCUCAGGGGCCACACGAUCAGACAGCGAUCGAACAGCGUUUGGGUCUUAAACUCUUAACGCGACUGUGCGACGAAUCCAACAAUGGCAGCUUCUUCUUCUUCUUCAACAUCAGGAAGCAGCUACGAUGUCCCAUGGGUGGAGAAGUACAGACCCAACAAAGUAGCCGACAUUGUUGGGAACCAAGAUUGCGUCUCGAGGCUUCAAGUCAUCGCCAGAGGUGGCAACAUGCCCCAUCUCAUCUUGUCCGGUCCUCCAGGAACUGGAAAAACAACAAGUAUUUUGGCCCUUGCGCACGAGCUACUGGGAGCAAACUGCAAGGAGGCUGUGCUAGAGCUCAAUGCAUCUGAUGACAGGGGAAUUGAUGUCGUUAGAAACAAAAUUAAGAUGUUUGCCCAAAAGAAAGUAACUCUUCCCCCUGGAAAGCACAAAGUAAUCAUUUUAGACGAGGCAGACAGUAUGACAUCGGGAGCACAACAAGCUUUGAGGCGGACAAUGGAAAUUUAUUCAAAUUCCACGCGUUUUGCUCUUGCAUGUAAUAUGUCUUCUAAGAUAAUUGAGCCCAUUCAGAGUAGAUGUGCCCUUGUUCGCUAUUCUAGAUUGUCAGACCAAGAGAUUCUUGGCCGUGUUAUGAUAGUCGUUGAAGCUGAGAAGGUUCCAUAUGUUCCAGAAGGCCUUGAAGCAAUUAUUUUCACUGCUGAUGGUGAUAUGAGGCAGGCUUUGAAUAACUUGCAGGCCACAUACAGUGGUUUUCGGUUUGUCAAUCCGGAAAAUGUGUUCAAGGUGUGUGAUCAGCCUCACCCCUUACAUGUGAAGAAUUUGGUCCGCAAUGUACUUGAGGGGAAAUUUGAUGAUGCCUGUUCUGGUCUGAAGCAGCUCUAUGACUUGGGUUAUUCCCCAACCGACAUAAUCACAACCCUCUUCCGGAUAAUCAAGAACUAUGAUAUGGCUGAGUAUCUGAAACUGGAAUUCCUUAAGGAAACUGGAUUUGCACACAUGAGAAUCUGCGAUGGAGUUGGCUCACUUCUUCAACUAUCUGGUCUCCUAGCUAAGCUUGCUCUAGUUCGGGAAACAGCCAAAGCUACAUAAGUAAAUCUAAACUGAAAAUUGAAUUUGUUUGUAGCUAGACCUUUUGGAUAAUCAAAGAUGUAUAUGGGAUCAUGAAUUGGCAUAUGUAUGUCGUGACAUGUGGUUAGUUUUCAUGCGAAAGAAAACCAAAUGCAGGCAGGAAAGUCAUGAUACCUGUUCAAAGCUUUAAGUUCAUGCUGUUGAAGUUGUAUAACUGUUAGAGAUCUUC